AAGUCAGUCUAGUCGAAAACCGUGGAACGUACAGAUCUAUUAUUGAAAGUACACCGUCGGGAAGUUUUUUCUCUGGAGUAAUUCAAUGAGUAUUUGUGUGUGCAAUACACAGUGUACCUUCUAGUGUCUAGUAUAUUUGGCUAAACAACUGAUCGCUGCAGCGUGUCUGGUCUCUAUAGCAACUAUCUUUUUGUUUCAUUACCACUCGGACAUCACUGAUUAACACCAUUGGUGGAAACUGUUUCCAAACCACAUGAACCGAACUCAAACUAGUGAACGACAAGCAAAGGGUGAAAUUUGACCGAUUGAUUACCCAUCGAAGGAAGCCGCGAAGUAAGCGGUGAAAUGUGCGUGUUUGUUGUUGUCGUGAAAUGAAGUGAACUGGGAAAAUUAAACAACAAUUUCAGCUACAAGAAAUUCCAAGUGCAACAAUUAAGUGGAAACAACGAAUUUGUUCAGUGAUUUAAAACGGGAACGCUAUCGCUUCCACACUUUCGGUGAAAACAAGCUCAAAUAGUGCAAUCCGCCGACUCUUGCUUGCCGCAAUCAUGGAGUUUCGAUUCAACUGUCACCCGCUGUUCCGGCAGCGCAUUGUCCGGAUAAACAAUUCGCUCCUGCCGACCGGAUUCACUGCACAAUGCCGGCGCUCGGCACUGGACGCCACCGCACAAAUAUCUGAAAUCAUCAAUUUCGUUGGUCAGCUGUCGGCACAAGCUCAGGGUCUUUCGAAUCCAGUGACAACGUCGCAAAAACUUCGAAACUCCAAUCACCACCUUUACCUGAUGUUCGAACCAAACGAGACACACGGACUGGUGGUAGGAAUCCUUAAAGUCGGCCGUAAAUCCCUGUACGUAUUCGACCCGAAUGGUGAAACGAUACACGUGACAGCACCCUGCGUUUUGGACUUUUACGUACACGAAUCGCGACAACGUGGCGGACUCGGCCGGGAGCUGUUCGAGCAUAUGCUGAACGAGGAACACAUCCAACCGGCUGAGAUGGCAAUCGAUCGCCCGUCGGAAAAAUUGCUUGGAUUCCUUCAGAAGCACUAUGGAUUGUACAAGAAAAUUCCACAAAUGAACAACUUCGUUGUGUACGAGGGCUUUUUCGCCGGCAACCAAAACGCGUCGGACAUCGACGGUCGCCGCAUGCACAUCACCGCUAGUCCUAACACCAAUCUAUUCGGGCCCACAUUCACCACCGUCGAGGAUAGGCGGAGGUCCAACUCACAGACGCGGCAACCGGCCGUUUCCCCGCCGAUCGUUCAGCAACCCCCGGUGGGUCGCUAUGCGGCAAAGCGACCUUCCUGCAGUAUGGCACAGAUAAUUCACAACAGCCCAAAUACGGUGGCAACGGAACCUAACAGCACAUCUCCCACUAACAACCAUCAUGCGCCUCCAUCUGCUCCCACUAACAAUAACGAUUACGAAAACGAUCACCAUCAUCAUCAUCAUCAUCAUCAUGACAACGGUCACCAGCAAGAGCCAGACCAGCAGGAACCGGAGGAACCGGAAGGGCACCACAACCCACCCCAUGAUGAUGCUGCUGAUGAUGUCCUAUCGGUAAAGCUUCAAAAUUUGAACAUGUCGGAACCGUCCGACUACGUUGACUACCAUCGCCACCACCAUCACCAUCAUAAGCCCGGGCAGGAGGUUAAGUUUGCCGAUGAAUAUGCGGAAAUUCCCGAACCGGUUGCCGAUCCGGAUCCGUACAGUUUCCAUCCUCACCAUCUCGAACUGACCCGUCAGUCACCGGAGCAGCAACAGCAGGCAAUGAUGUCUAAUCGUGAAAAUUCUGCUUCUCCCCAAUCGAUCAGCCAGCAGCAAACACCGGAACAUCCUGGACCGAGAAAACCCAUCCGGUUCACUAAACAACACACCGGAAUGAAGAACAUGUCCUCCGGUGUUGGAGCGGCCGUGACACCCUCCGCCAAGAUGGAAUUCGACCAGGAGGAGAACGAAGGGUUUGGAUCAGUUAAGAUAAAUCGACCGAUUGGGAAGUCCAGUACGAGGAACAGUUUAAACGACAAUGAUAACGAAUCGGUUCAUUCCAAGGGAUCCGAAAGUAGCCACCUAACCGAACACGGCCAUUUUGAUCUUAAAUUCUACCACAAUAGACUCUGGUAAGCGGUAAUAACAUACCGAUCAUCGGCCAGAGAAAGCGGAUUGUACAACACGAUAAUGAUCGUCUUCUAUGUAUUAGACCAGUAAGAGACCCUUUCCAAAACAGGACAUUUUUUGUAUUAAAUAUAUCAGUAAAUAGAAAAAAGUGGAUAUCAAAAAUUUUCAAGAAAUAUAAAGCUACGGAAUAUUUCACCUCUUACCGAAAAAUGGAGGCUGCAUGAUCGUACACUAAUUCUAUAAUGCUAUAAAUAUUAAAAUCGCCUGAAUUGAAAUUGUUGAGUAGAUAUCACGCUUGUUACCAGUAGACGUUGUCGUUCUGUCACUCAUCGUGACUAAGAACCCAAAAGCGGGCACACAGAAAUAGAUUGAUUAUAGUUGUUGCUAGGUUUUCAAACGAAUAUUUUGCUUUUGCUAUAUCCUAGGACUCCAACAUGCGUUUGAGUAAGUUUGGUGCUUUUGUUGAGUUUCGUCUUGCGUACGUAUUAUUAGGUGUUGGAAAUGUUAUAAACGAUUACUAGAAGGCAUGUAAGAGUGAUUUAGAGCAUUCCUUACAGAACUUUCCAAGAGGACUAUCUAGAUGAUUACGUCAUUCAUUAGGUGGCCAGUGCUAGUGGAUUGGAAAAACUCGUAACAGAAAUUGAAUCAUACCUGGUAGGGUAGACGAGCCCUUAUUCAUCUCAUUAGUCAGGAUAUCACACUAUUUCGUUGAUAACUCGACUUAGAGUUAGUGGAUUGCGCUUAAAUAGGUAUCAUCAUCUUUGCUUCGUUCCUAAGAAGCAGUACAGUUUAAAAAAAUUUCCUGGGAAAUGUAAAAUACUCGCGUUUGAGCGAAGCGAAAAGUCGAG